AUGGCUCCCCGACGGCACCUUUCGGUAAAGAGCUCCUUGUCCUCAGGAAGCCCCGAGGGGCCGGCUGAGGGGCCUGUGCUCUUUCAGGAGCCGCUGACCUUCCGGGACGUGGCCGUGGACUUCUCCCCGGAGGAGUGGGGGCGGCUGGGCCCUGCGCAGAGGACGCUGUACCGGGACGUGAUGCUGGAGACCUUCGGGCACCUGCUGUCUGUGGGGGCUCAGGUCACCAAGCCCGAGGUCAUCUCCCUGCUGGAGGAGGGCGCGGAGCCCUGGCGGGUGGAGCAGCCACGUCCCCGGAGCCCGUGUCCAGAAAUGGUGAGAAAUCCUGAAAGUAAAGCGUUGAUCCCAACACGUCGCAUUUUUGAGGGUGACCAGUCCCAUAGCAUGAAGUUGGAACGAUUCGUGUGGGAUGAUCCUUGGUUCUCCAGGAUAAGAGACGACGGUGCUGGAGUGAUGGGCCAGCCUCGGCGUUCCUUCGCCUUCCUAAUUUUGUUUUUAAUGGGAUGGCCAUUGCGUGUGUGCUUGCCUGAUGCAGGUGAUAGGAAGGGUGAUAUACCUGAGCCGGUCAAGGACGUCUCAGCGCGAGUGCUGGCCCCCAGCACCAGCACCUGGGACGCAGUCGACUGGGACAGGAUGAGGAGAGGGAACAGCUUGCCGCGCUUUAUGAAAAUAUCCAGAUACCACUGUCGGGAGACGAAGAGGAGGCCUUCAGGGCCAGGCGCCCAGGCGAGGCUGGGUGUCUGCUUUCGGGGAACGAGAAGGAGCUGGCGGAGUUCAUUAAUUCAGCUAUUAGAUCAAAAAGAAGACAGCAUCUUGAAGGAGCAGGAUUGGAGAGCGCGCAAAAGCAGUAGAGGAAGCACAGCACGGAAUGCUGGGCCCCUUGCAAACGUGGGAAACCCGUGAAAGCCAGUGAGAGAGCCGCAGGCCGCGCUACCCCGUGUGGGGAACACACGGUGGGACGUCAGCCUGAGGACAUGCGAACCCUCAGGGAAGAAAACUAGAAAUAUAUAACACAAAAUAAACCCACAGCAUAGUCAUCCUCGCCUCUUAGCUCUCAUGAAUAGUUCAUGAAUAAUUAUAAUGUAACAGGAAAGAGGAAAAUCCAACUUCGUAAGUAUGAACGAGAAAUUGUCUGCAUUUUCUUUCCUUGCUUCUAACCAGAAAUACAAGGAAUUUCUUUGGGGAACCUCCCAGACCAUGCUGGGGAGCCCCCCACUUUCACUAAACAGAACUUUCCCACUGAUACCUGUCAGUUCCAGUAGCUUGUCUUCGUUUACAAGAGGAGCCUGAGAAUGUCACUG